CGCUCGCUUAUUGGCAUGGAUGAUACUUGCUACUUCUGGCAUACACUGUAUUUACCAAAGCUCGUUACAUUACGCUGGAUUUUUGGCAUUAACACAUACAUAAUAUGGCACAAAGCAAACUGAAUGAUCUUGCGGGCAAGCUGGGCAAAGGUGGUCCACCUGGAUUGGGCUUGGGAUUAAAGGUGCUGGCGGCUGUUGGCGCUGCUGCCUAUGGUGUCAGUCAAUCCAUGUAUACGGUGGAAGGUGGUCAUCGUGCUAUCAUCUUCAGCCGUCUUGGUGGCAUACAGAAUGAUAUUUACGCUGAGGGUUUGCAUGUUCGCAUUCCCUGGAUUCAAUAUCCUAUUAUCUAUGACAUUCGCUCGCGUCCUCGCAAAAUCUCUUCACCCACGGGAUCCAAGGACUUGCAGAUGAUUAAUAUCUCGCUGCGUGUGCUAUCACGUCCGGAUUCGCUCAAUCUGCCUUUCCUGCACAAGCAGCUGGGCGUGGACUACGAUGAGAAGGUGCUGCCCUCCAUCUGCAAUGAAGUGCUGAAGAGCGUCAUUGCCAAGUUUAAUGCUUCCCAGUUGAUUACACAGCGUCAACAGGUUUCAUUGCUGAUACGCAAGGAGCUGGUGGAGCGUGCGCGUGACUUUAACAUUAUUUUGGACGAUGUGUCGUUGACUGAGCUGAGUUUCGGCAAGGAGUAUACAGCAGCUAUUGAGGCCAAGCAGGUUGCACAGCAGGAGGCGCAGCGCGCCGUGUUCUUUGUUGAGCGCGCCAAGCAGGAGAAACAACAAAAGAUUGUGCAGGCUGAGGGAGAAGCCGAGGCAGCAAAAAUGUUAGGUCUGGCCGUGAAGCAGAAUCCAGCUUAUUUGAAAUUGCGCAAGCUGCGCGCUGCCCAAAGCAUUGCAAGAACGAUUGCCAGCUCACAGAACAAGGUUUAUCUGUCGGCCGACAGCUUGAUGUUGAACAUUCAGGACUCCAGCUUCGAUGACAUGACUGAGAAGGUUUACAAAAUGCCCGAUGAUUUGGAUUAAGUAAACAGUUGUUUGAAUUUACAUUUAAAAGCGCUACUAGGCUAUGUUUAGUAACUUUAAGCUAGUGCCUAAGUACUGAACCAUGCCUACUCGUAAGCAAGUGUGUCGUUAGCAUUUUUCACAAACUGUUUGUGCCGCUGGCCAUUCGGAAGUAGCUUCAUCUCAUAUCAUUUCCGAAUCGCGAGCGCGCCGCAUGUGGCAAGUGGCAACGAUGCACGCGAGCGUUGGCCUGCAUUUAGCCCCCUGUUUCAUAAUCAAAUUCAUUCACAAAUAAAAACCUUAAAUUGUUAAUAAAUGCGCAUUGAUAAACAAAAAACAUUGAAA